UUUAUUCUUCUAGUUGUUCUAGCUUCUUGCAAAAUGACCAACAUUACAAAUUUAGAGAAAUGGGUCCAAAAAUAAAACUACACCUUGAUCUUUUUUACUCGUGAUGAUUGUAAUCACUGCCAAAGAUUGGAAGAAGAAUUAGAAAAAGCAUCUGAAAUGAUCAAUGUUGGUACUCCUGGAAGUAUUGGAAUUCCAGUGGCUAGAAUCAAAAAUUAUGAGCUUAAUAGAUAUCCUGUCCUAAGACUAUACGUGAAAGGACUUUACACAGAACAUUCUGGUGAAUGGGAAUAGAAAAAAUUAGAAGCAUGGACAGAUAUAAGAGCAUUAUCAUAUAUAUCAGAUUCUGAUUCAGAACCAACAAUAAGAUGGAUCCAUGAGUCCCAUAAUAUUAGUGUUUUAGUUUUCAACGACUAAUUCAAGUAGGAAUUGAAAUGGCUCAAAACUCUCAAACAUCACGUCCAUUUCACUUAUACCACCCUACCAAAUGCUCGAUCAUUACUCAAUGUCGGAGAAGAAACUACACUUGUAAUGUUUACAGAAAAAGGUCUUAAUAGAUACGACUACGAUGGAGAAAUUACCUAUGAAAAAGUCUUCAAAUUUGUUGAGGAUCACGAAGAAAAAUAUUAUUAAGAAUUUACACAAGAGUCUGUUGAAACUGCUUUUUAUGAACCCAAAAAGCCAGUCUUAUUCAUUUUUGAUGAAAAAGAUUAUAGAGACUUAGCCAAAACACAUUAAAAAGAAAUUAAUACAAUAUUAGUCAAGUAGGAUUAAGUGACAGAUCGAUUAUUAAAUUACUUAGGAGUUAAAGGCAUUUAACGUCCCUUAGCUGUUAUUUAUGAUUAAACCCAUUCCUAAAAGAAAUAUAGAACAUAAUUUUCUGAAUUAAGUGAACUUAGAAAAUUUGUGAAUAAUUUCCUUAACAAAAAGUUAGAACCUUAUUAUAAGAGUUAGACACCAGUUAAAAAUGAAAAUUGGGAAAAAUAAAUAUUAACAAUUGUUGGAGAAGAUUUACCUAAACAUGAUAAUAUUUUUAUCUAUUUUUAUUCUGGUUGGUGUAAAGUUUGCCAAUAAUUUACUCCUAUUUUUGAGCAACUAUUUUAAAAAUAUAGAGGAUAAAAAGCUUUUGGCAUGUUUGAUGCAAGUGAAAACGAAGUUAAAGAUUAAUUCAUUAAAGAAGUUCCAAUGAUUAGAUGGUACAAUUCUUAAACAAGACAAGUUGUUACAUUUGAUGGUCCAUUAACAUUAGAAGCAAUUAGUGAAUUUAUCGAUAAAUAAGGAAAAAAGUAAGUUUCUGAUGAUUUAUGA